AUGGCUUGGGAUUUAAUAUACUUUCGUCUCGCACCGACACCGCGAACAACUCCAGAGGAAAAAGCAAGGCUCGAACCUCAAAGACAAGUCACUGAAGAAAUGAUUGACAAAAACGUUUCGACAGGUACAACGUUCUCCUGGCAACAUGUCAACUACCCGGUACCCAUUAUAGGCGGGUCGUUCCAAAUCCUGAACGACGUUUUUGACAAUCGGCAUAGUCGAAGGCCGUACCUCUUGAACAAUGAAGUGCUUCUGAACGAUAUUGAGCGAAUCACCGGCUACGUCGAGCAGAUGGAUCAGCACCAGCCGGCUGACACUGUUCCUGAAGCCAUGCAGUUCUCAGCUUACAUGCGUCAGGAUGCCAGUAUACCAAAGAGGGAAAAGAAUGUCUAUGUCGAGCAAAUCAUUCAAUUGUUGGAGAUGAAGGACAUCGCCGAUGCCCAAGUCGGUGAUGUUGCCACUGGUUUUGGAAUCUCUAUGGAGGAACGCAAGCGACUAACGAUUGCCGUGGAACUGGUUGCUAAACCCAAGCUAGUAUUUUCGGACGAGCCUACUUCUAAUUUGGUUGCUCAGAGCUCGUACAACAUUGUACGAUUUUUACGCAAGCUCGCUAAUGCUGGAUGGCCUGUUUCGUGUACUAUUCAUCAGCCGUCCGCUAUAUUGUUCGAGUGUUUUGAUCAUCUCCAUUUGCUGGUCCACGGAGCUCGCACUGCUUAUUACGGUGAGAUUGGCAAGGGUGCAGAGACAGUUAUUGGUUACUUGGAGUCGAGCGGUGGGCCAUCCUAUGUGCCCGACACAAACCGGGCCGAGUACAUUCUCGAUGUAGUCGCUUCUUCUUCCUCCUUCGGUGACAUCUGCUCCACAAGAAAUUGGGCUGAUUUCUGGUCGAACUCGCCAAAUGCCAAGGCACUUAAUGACGAGUUAGAGACUAUCCAUAACAAUGCUGAUACAAACCCGUCCCGCAAGGCACUUACAUAUGCUGCAUCCGUUUGGACUCAAGUGUACCUGGUAUUAAAACGCAUGAGCUUGGUAUAUUGGCGUUCGUCUAGUUACAAAGUAGGCCGAUACAUUACCAUUGCGGGCAUUUCGCUUUUCCUUAGUUUUACCUUUUUUAAAUCACUGUCGUUUGUGGAUAUUCAAAACCGAGUUUUCCUCUUCUUUGGCGCAAUGACAUUGGUUACCAUGGGUCAGCCUAAGCUCGUGAUAAUUACUUUUGCUGGUGUCGUUCAAACGCAAUUUUCGCCUCCUCGUUUCUGGAGCGCCUGGAUGUACUGGCUUGUACCGAUCCACUAUGUGAUGGAAGGAUUCAUUGUCAAAGAGUUGCAAACACUCCCAGUUGUUCCUAACGACAACGACUUCUUCCAAUUCACCCCGCCGACAAACCAAACAUCCGACGAAUAUAUGGAGAGAUUCUUUGCAACAUCUGGUAGCAAGGCUAUCUUAUUAAUCCAAGCAAUACCGAGCUAA